AUGGCAUCUUACAAUACCCAACCACAGGCUCACCAGCAUCACCAUGCGGCCUCCUUCAACGCGGCCGUUUCAAUGGGCUCUUCUGCGCCAGCUGGCACCUUCGUGCCAGGCACCAAAGUGCAAGUAGGCAACCACCGCGUCGUGAUCGAGAAAUACCUGUCCGAGGGCGGCUUUGCACACGUCUAUGUCGUUAAACUGCCCCAGCCCAUCGAUGGCGCCGAGACCGCCGUGCUCAAGAGAGUGGCGGUUCCUGACAAAACCGCCCUGGCCGGCAUGCGGACCGAGGUUGAGACGAUGAAGAAGCUCAAGGGCCACCGCCACAUUGUGAAAUACAUGGACUCGCAUGCCUCCCAGCUCAAGGGUGGCGGCUACGAGGUGUUUUUGCUCAUGGAGAAUUGCCAAGGCGGUGGUCUGAUCGACUUUAUGAACACCAGGCUGCAGCACCGUCUGACCGAACCCGAGAUUAUCAAGGUCUUUUCCGACGUGGCCGAGGGCGUUGCCUGCAUGCACUACUUGAAGCCUCCGCUGCUGCACCGAGAUCUCAAAGUUGAGAAUGUGCUCAUAUCGCUGACCGGCAAGAACCCGGUCUACAAACUCUGUGAUUUUGGCUCGACCGCUCCUCCGCGCCCAGCAGCCACGUCCGGCGCAGAGGGUCGUCUCAUCGAGGAUGACAUCCAAAGACACACCACUAUGCAGUACCGAAGCCCUGAAAUGAUUGACGUUUAUCGAAAGCAGCCCAUCGACGAGAAAAGUGAUAUUUGGGCAUUGGGUGUCUUAUUAUACAAGCUCUGCUACUAUACCACCCCAUUCGAAGAGGUUGGCCAGAUGGCCAUUCUCAACGCCAGCUAUAAAUUUCCCUCAUAUCCCACAUUUUCUGACCGACUUAAGAGACUCAUUAGCUCAAUGCUCCAAGAGAAUCCCCAACGACGGCCCACAAUUUAUGAAGCGCUGAAAGAAGCUUGCAGCAUACAAGGAAAGGAUGUUCCUAUCCGAGAUAUCUAUGCGCAGCGAACACAGUCUGAAGCUCGCCGCCAGCAAGAGCUCCCUCCUUCCUCCUCCGAGACACCCAGAGUCGGUGCUGUUUUCUCCCCUCCCAUGCAAGAGACGAAAAUUAUUCCUGAAAUCGCACCAAUGCGUCGCGGUCGCCCAACCAAGUCGGCAUCCCAACAAAACUCUGCUCACCCAAGCCCCUCGCCGUAUCGGGGCACGCCUUCUAAUGAUCCGUUCGCUGUGCUGGACGGCGGGAAAUCCAAGGGUGAGAGUGCCGACGAACUCUCAAACCGGUUCCCCACACUUGAUCAAUUCUCUUUGUUGCACGAGAAGGGAGGCAAGUUUGACUUUGAGCCUUCAGCCGGGGGCGAGGCAAAGCCUGAACCGGUAGAGCUCUCUCAAAGAGUCACCAAUGCAUUGGCAGAUGAUGCCUUUGUCAAACCGGCUUCUCCUGCUCUGUUGCCCAAGAAAGAAGUCACCGAAAGUCAACAAAAACCAGUGCGCGCACCCUCUGUGGACAAGAAGCAGAAGGAGUCGCCGAGUCUUAGGGGUGAGCCGGAUCGUGGCCAGUUGCAACAACCACAACAACUGCAAGACGCCGACGCUCGAAAGCCGCAAAUGAAAUCCACCGGUACUAUGACAGAAGUGUCGCCUUCACCAAACGUAGAAAGCCGGUCCUCUUCGAACCGUCCGAUCUACAGAUUUCCACAGUCUUCCAAUGAGCGACGACAGCCUAGUCAGUCGUGGCCUGAGAGAAAUCGAAUGUCAGGUAGCGUUCCCUCGCAGACGACAACAAUUGACAGAGUGGAACCCAAGCCCAAGCCUUCGUCUGAAAGGAUUCCUCAGGUCUCUACUAGCUCUGCUCGGCCCUCAAUGGAGGCUUCUUCACGACCUUCACUACGAGACCUUGAUGAAGCGUAUCUUCGCCCCAAGUCAGCGAACUCGCGUUCUCGACCUUCCAGUAUUCAUAUUGCCGGUGGGGGCGACUCUCUCGGAGACAAGGGAUUUACGAGUGCACCACAGGAUCAAUAUGAAGAUGGAGAACCCCUCCAACAUGCACGAACAGAUGGAGACUGGAGUACCGAACGCCCCAACAUCGGCUCUGACGUUGACUAUCUUCGCGCGCGUGAGGAGGAAGAGCUUGCUCGCAAAAAGGAAAAGCGACUCAGCAGUGGCUCGAUGAAACAUGCCAAGCGGUCCAGCCUGUCGUCGUUGGCUGUCUCUGGAAGAGGGCUUCUUUCUGGCCGAUUCGGGGAGGCUUUCCGCCGGUUCGAACAGAAUACGUCAGACAAGAGUCGCACCCCGUCUCCAAAUGAAGUAGAGAGACGCCUGCCUCCUAUCGAUGGCUCCGAGGCGACAGACCGAAGUGACGAUGGGCAUAUUGAUUCCGGGUAUACAGACAUUUCGCCAGAAAUGAGGCGAGAGAUGGAAAGACGGCGACUUUCUCAGGAGGAGAAACGAGUCGCUAAUGCGGCAGCUGAGUAUCGACUCCGUGUGUCUGGACGAAAUGGAGCAGGGGGCCGGGAUGGAGUCAAGGCAGCUGCCAUUCAAAACAAAGUACAGUCGUUGCUUCAGGACAACACUAAAUCGGCGCCAAAGACAGCGUCUGGUUAUGGCAAGUACACCGAGUCCGAGUCAGGCGAGACUGGGCAGACACCAGAGGCGGAAAACAGAGAAUAUGUGCCACGCCUCCCCACCAGACCCAAACCUCCUCCAAAGGACACCAGACUGGUAAUUGGCAGUCAGGGCGGUGGUGGUGGAUUUGUACAACCUCAAGCACCCAGCGAGGGAGUGUCGCCAUCGUCACGCGGUCCGCAGCAACGGCCGAUGGCACCACCCAAGCCGAAGAACCUUCGCACGGGGCCAACAGGCAACACGCCGACUUCUGAACGUGCGCCUACUUUACCUAUUUUUCGUUUCUCGUUUCUCGUCCCGACCAUGGCGCCUGUAACGCUGAGCACUGUUGACAGUGAGUUGAAAGACGUGAUUCAGCAACUAUUCGAGAUCCAGUCUGCCGUGCAUGGAUACCUAGGCGCAGAAUCGCAGACCGAGCUCGUCCGCAAAAUAAAAACCCUCACUCUCUCCUUAUCAACACUCUCCAAAGACACAAAGACAGCAGCAACAGACCCCUCGGUUCUCGCCGAAGAAGCCAAUUUUCCUUCAACAACAAAAAAAUCAAACGACCCCCCCAUCGCAAACGUACGACUGCCACCCGAAAUCAUCGACUAUGUCGACGCAGCGCGCAAUCCAGAUAUCUACACGCGAGAGUUUGUCGAGCUGGUGCAGCGCGGAAACCAGGAUCUCAAGGGCAAACAAGAUGCCUUUUCUAGUUUUCGAGAUGUGCUGGCGCAAUAUUUUUACUUCCCCGGCUCUGUACUGGCCGGCAGCCAUGUCUUUUGCCGGCAUCGCGCCUCUGUCUCCAGCAUGGCGUCGACCGUCAGCUCUACCCCCAGCGAUGGCAUCACCGGCGGUUACACAGGCAACGACUUGGGCCUCGAAAUCACCAUAGCCACGUUUACCGGCGUGGCCUGGUACAACGCCAUCGAGCUGCUCGUGCUUGUCUUUGUGACCUUUCAGCGCUACAACGGACUCUAUUUUUGGAGCCUGCUCAUCUCUUCCGCCGUCGGCGUGAUACCUUACUCGAUUGGGUUUUUGAUGAAGUUUUUCCAGCUCACCUCGGCGACUUGGCUGUCCGUCACCUUUUUGACGGUGGGCUGGUAUGCCAUGGUGACGGGCCAGUCUAUGGUGCUGUAUUCUCGGCUGCAUCUGCUGAACCGCAACCCCAAGAUUCUGCGACCCGUGCUGUGCAUGAUUAUCGUCAAUGCGAUCGCGCUGCACAUUCCGACUACCGUCUUGACCUAUGGAUCGAAUUUCGGCAGCCCACGAGACACCUUUGUGGCGGGGUACAACGUGAUGGAAAAGAUCCAGAUGACCGGGUUUUGUCUGCAAGAGUUUAUCCUCUCGGGCAUUUAUAUUUAUGAAGCUGUCGGCCUGCUCAAGGCAAACCCGGAACACGGCAGUCGCAAGAUCAUGUACCAGCUGCUUUGCAUCAAUCUAGUGAUUAUCACAAUGGACGUCGGUUUGCUUGUCGUCGAGUACAUGAAUUUGUACAUGGUCGAAACCACCCUCAAGGGCGCCAUCUACAGCAUCAAACUGAAACUCGAGUUUGCCGUGUUGGGUAAACUGGUGCACCUUGUGAAAACGCACGGCUGGAAACCAGAGGUCUCGAUCCAGGGCAACGCCGGCGAUGCUUUUCCGGAUUUUGUGGAUGCCACUCGCGUCACGUCGGACGUUACCCAUGCGAGUCCGCCGCCUCAUCAUCAUCCUCAUCCUCGAGGAUCCUCCUUUCAGUCCCCGUUUAUGAACCACGACGACGUCUCGAUUGCCAUGUUUGAGCACUCUGCGCCCCCGGUGACUCCAGACCCGGAACAGCAGCCGCGGCAUUCUUCGACAUCCGAGUCGUGGAGUGGCGAAACGCAGACGAACCGCAUCGAGCCCGUGCGUGGCCUCGAGGCGAUUGAUUUUGAGAUGUCAGGACGUUUUCAGAGCCACGACAGUCAUACCUACAACGACCACCCGGGGGCCGGUUCCAGGGACGGGGACACCAGUGCCAGUGCCGGCGGGAACGGCGGGGACGAUGGUGGUAGGGGGAGCCGGGGGAGCCUGGGUGGGAGUGAGAGUGAUGGUCGACAGGCUGGUGGUAGGCACGCAGGUGGUGACGGUGAUGACCGAGACCUGAGGAGCCGGGGGCGACGAGACGACGGGGUAAGGAGCAGGGCUGGUGUUGCCAGCAGGGGGAGCCGGAGGAGCAGGCUGGGACACAACCGAGGUGACGGCCGGAGGAGGAACAGCAGGUCCGGAAGGAGUCACAGCUGGAGGAGCCGGGGCCGGGGCAGUCGAGGUCUGACGAGCUGGGCAGUUGGUGACGGUGGGAGCGCACGAGGUGAUGGUCUCGAUGUCAACGGAGGUCACGGUGACCUGGGCGGCGGCAGCGCCAGCAAGGAGGGCAAUGGUAGCGAGAGAGAACUGCAUUUUGACUGGGAAACAACAAUACCAAGGCAGCAAAUAACAGGGUGGAGAAAUAAACGUCUCCGUGGGGCCCAGAGCCUUAUCGCCCAGUGUGAGUGCAGGCUUGCCCUGCCUGGCGCCCGCCCCCCCUCUUUCCCUCCAGCCCAACCCUCGUCCAGACGCCCGCUUCAGCCGUGCAUUAUUAUUUCUCUCGUCCUGUUUCCUCCUCGACUUGUCCUGCCUCACGUUCGUUAUCCUCUGUUCGCAUCGUCGUGUCUGGUUCUUCUCCCGCCUUCUCUCGAGCCUCUCCCCGCGACCGAGUCAGUAUUCGUUCGACAAGGAAGGGAAACCUCCAAAAGGUCGACUGAUCUGACCUCAACCCUUCUCUACGUUCGUUCAGCUUGUGCAGAGAAAGAGAGACACUUUGACAAAAUUGAGAGAAGAGACAGCAGAAUUCUUUACAAGCUGGCGGACGAUCUGCAUUCAAACCAGCCCCAGCCGGGCCUUGAUCACAGCCGUACCACCACCACCACCACCAACAACAUGUCUUCGCCAGCACCCCUUCUGAGGCCACCGGUGCCUGGCGCCCGGAGCAACAGUGGCUCGCGAACACCCAGGCUCACUCUGGGAAUCCCACCGUCCCCCAGUAUGAGACCAGUCAACCCACCAAAUGGAGGAGAAGCAAGUAACGUCUCUGACAUCCCUCUGCCCCGACCUUCCGCCACCCGCCCUGGCCCACCACCGCUUCGAUUAAGCACACCAAUGCUCAAUACAAAUGCAUCGAGCGACAAUGGCAGGCCAAUUCUUCAGUUGGCACCGCUUUCCACCGGCGGUUCGACUGACAAUGGUCUGUCCAGAUCUGGCAACAACAUCCACCCGGACGGCAGAAACAGCGGCCCGACCAGCGCCUCUUCGUCUUCCUAUUCUACCCUGUCCUUUGCCACGGGCGGUCUUCGUCACCCAGCUGGAACACCCGAUCCGUCAUCCGCAAUCAGCUCGGUUUACUCUGACCGAGAAAAUGGAGUAUCCAUGGAGAGAGACAACAGCGUCAACGGCCUGUUGCCCGAUCUCGAUAAAUUGAGCCUCGACAUGGGUCGACCUCUCGACGUCGAAGACCUCGACGACGAUGGAUGGUUGGCUGCCAGUGAGCAGAAGAAAAUCAACGAACUGGGCGGCCUUGGAGAAGGUGCCGGUGGUGCAGUCACGAGAUGCAAAUUGAAAGGCGCCAACACUGUUUUUGCCCUAAAAAUCAUUACUACGGAUCCAAACCCCGACGUGAAGAAGCAGAUUAUCCGAGAACUCAAUUUCAACAAAGACUGCGCAUCCGAACAUAUUUGCCGUUACUACGGAGCUUUCAUGGACAAAUCGACGGGCACGAUUUCCAUUGCCAUGGAGUUUUGCGAGGGUGGUAGUCUAGACAGCAUCUACCGUGAAGUGAGGAAGCUGGGUGGCAGGACCGGCGAGAAAGUACUCGGCAAAGUCGCCGAGGGCGUUCUCAAUGGACUGUCCUACCUCCAUAGCCGAAAGAUUAUCCACCGAGACAUCAAACCGUCCAACAUUCUGUUGUGCCGAAACGGGCAGGUCAAGCUUUGCGAUUUCGGCGUCAGCGGAGAAUUCGGAACCAAGGGAGAUGCCAACACUUUUAUUGGCACCUCGUACUAUAUGGCCCCUGAGCGGAUUACGGGCCAGUCAUAUACUAUUACGUCAGACGUGUGGUCUCUGGGAGUGACUCUUUUGGAAGUCGCUCAACACCGCUUUCCUUUCCCUGCCGAUGGGACCGAAAUGCAGCCUCGCGCUGGAUUAAUUGAUCUUCUCACAUACAUUGUCAGCCAACCGAUACCAAGGUUGAAAGACGAGCCCGAGAACAAUAUCCACUGGUCGGAUAAUUUCAAAUACUUUAUUGAAUGCUCUCUCGAAAAAGACCCCCCGCGACGAGCCACCCCUUGGCGGAUGCUGGACCAUCCGUGGAUGCAGGACAUCAGAACCAAAAAGGUCAAGAUGGCCAACUUUAUCAGGGAGGUAUGGGGAUGGACCGAGUAG